GCUCACGUGCCUCCUUGGCUGCGGUGGAGUAGAACCGUCCGAUUCGUCCCUCCCAAAAGGAGGCCCUGGAACAGUUAGUUCCGAUGUUCCGGGUACUCGAAUCUCUGGUGGACCUCCGGAAUCCUUAGCUCGUAUUCUUCUCGGACAGAGAUUCGCCUCACCAGAAUUCCCAAACUCCUGGUCUUGUGCACCAGUUAAGGCUGACUCUUACGAUUCGUUCCCGAGAGGAAAUUUGGGUGUCAAUGACUGUUUCCGGGAGGAGCCUAGAAGGUGACACUCACUUCCGGCGGAGGGAGGCUUUUCGAUCCGGGAUGGAGGAGGCGGAGGAGCUUCUCUCGGCGAAGGGAAGACUGCAGUUCGUCCCCGGCCCACGCCUGGACCCGGACUCAGGAUGGAGCCCUUCCGGAGAAGGCUGUGCACAGGGACCCAAAGAUUUCCCAGCCAGACCGACCCGAGCCAUCCUCGCUCUAAAGAGCCUCCCCCGGGGCUUGGCCCUAGGUCCCUCACUGACCGAGGAACAGCGCUUGGGGGUCUGGUGUGUCGGGGAACCCUUGCAGCCGGGACUGCUCUGGGGACCACUGGAAGAGGAGUCUGUCUCUAAGCAGAAGGGUGAUGCAGCGGAAAGAGAGCAAAAAGAGGACGUGUCACUAGACCCAUGGGGAGAUGUGUGUGCUUGUGAGCAGAGUUCAGGCUGGAUGAGUUUGGUGCAGCGGGGCAAGCUGGAGGGUGAGGGAAACGUGGCUCCCGUGUGGAUCAGCGAGAGGCUCCACCUACAGGUGUACCGGGUUGUGCUGCCAGGUUUCGAGCUGCGGCUGUGGCCCCGGCCUCCCGCUGAGGGCCUGAGCCCCAACCAGUCCAGACUAGAGGAGGAGGCAAGCAUGGCUGGGGUGACAGAAAUGGAGUCUGUUGUACAACAGGAAGUAGCCACAGAGGAAGAUGCAACAGAACCUUGCACAGACCCUGGUGUCCAAUCACCCCCCAACAUCCAGGCAGAGAGUGUGGUGAGCUCCGGACUUCAGCCUCAAACCCAGGACCACGUUUCCAAGGAGAGCCAAUCACUCGGCCCAUUGCCUGAGGACGGCAGCGUAGAUGAGGAGGUCCCACCCCAGACACAGAUGUCACCUGGACCUCAGAGCACCUCCGCUCCCCAGCAGGGCCCUGAGAGCAGUGAGGCCACUUCCUCGUCUUCUGCCAGGGGCCCCCAGCUGCGUGCUCACCUGGGCAAGAGGUUACGAAGCCCCAGUGAUCAGCGCCCACCCAGAGUGAAGACCUCAGAGCCUGGGGCCCAGCAGACUGGAGAGCAGCAGCACCCUGGCUUCCCUGCACACUUGCGGAGCCCUCCUGGCUGUGCAGGAGGCUCCCCAAAACAGGGGCGACGAUACUGCUGUGGGGAGUGUGGCAAGGCCUUCCUGCAGCUGUGCCACCUGAAGAAGCAUGCAUUCGUGCACACAGGCCACAAGCCCUUCCUUUGCACUGAGUGUGGCAAGAGCUACAGCUCAGAGGAGAGCUUCAAAGCCCACAUGCUGGGCCACCGUGGCGUGCGGCCCUUCCCCUGCCCACAGUGCGACAAGGCCUACGGCACCCGGAGAGACCUCAAAGAGCACCAGGUGGUGCAUUCAGGGGCCCGGCCUUUCGCUUGUGACCAGUGUGGCAAGGCCUUCGCCCGCCGGCCCUCCCUGCGGCUGCAUCGCAAGACACACCAGAUGCCAACGGCCCCUGCCCCAUGCCCCUGCCCCGUGUGUGGGCGGCCCCUGGCCAACCAGGGCUCCCUGCGGAACCACAUGCGGCUCCAUACAGGGGAGAAGCCCUUCCUGUGCCCACACUGCGGCCGGGCAUUCCGCCAGCGGGGCAACCUGCGUGGGCACUUGCGGCUGCACACAGGGGAGCGCCCGUACCGCUGCCCGCACUGCGCCGAGGCCUUCCCCCAGCUGCCUGAACUGCGACGCCACCUCAUCUCGCACACCGGCGAGGCCCACCUGUGCCCCGUGUGUGGGAAGGCCCUCCGAGACCCGCACACACUGCGCGCCCACGAGCGCCUGCAUUCGGGGGAGAGGCCCUUCCCCUGCCCCCAGUGCGGCCGCGCCUACACACUGGCUACCAAGCUGAGGCGCCACCUCAAGUCCCACCUCGCCGACAAGCCCUACCGCUGCCCUACCUGUGGCAUGGGCUACACCCUCCCCCAGAGCCUCAAGCGGCACCAGCUCAGUCACCAGCCUGGGGCACCCUCCAGCCCACCCUGUGAGCCGUCUGCCACUUCUGAGCCCACCAUGGUGCUCCUGCAGACCGAGCCAGAGCUGCUGGAUGCAUGCAGCCAACGGGACAGCUCCUCAGCCCAGGAUGUCUUCCAGGUCACCAUUUCCGAGAGCCAGGAUAAGUGCUUUGUGGUCCCGGAGGAGCCAGGCCCUGCCUCCAGCCUGGUGCUCAUCCACAAGGACAUGGGCUUCAGCGCCUGGGCGGAAGUGGUGGAGGUGGAAACGGGCAGCUGAUGCCCCCCUACCCCCGCCCCGAGAGUGCUAUAUAAAGACUGGUGUUUCUGA